CUUUGAAUGAGAUAACCUGACCCAGCUCGGGUGGUUCUAAGUAUUCCUGUUGUAAUGCGAUAUUUUAGCAAAUCAGCUACGGAAAACAGCGACUCGCCCAGCUGAAAAUCAGAGUCAAUUCGCCGUCUAGUCGUUGGAUAGGGUAGUCGGUGAGGCAGUUAGGUAGCUGGACAAGAUGACCUGCAGGUAAUCAGGGAUGCAGAUCAAAUCCCUGACCGAACAAAGCGAGCGAGUCAGCACGAGUUUAUGGCUGCUCAGGCACCCAUCUGCCUGUCAUGCUGGCGCCUUUGUAUCUUGGGCUACAUAUUGCUCGCUCAUCGCAAAAAUCGCUGGUUCUCAUUAGCAAACCCUAGAAUCAUGGGCGACAAUAGCGACCUCGCGAAAGCGACGAGAGAGAUCGAGGAGAAGACAGAGGAAGAGACCGAAACCGAAGGAACACGAUGCGAGAUCAAAAGUCUCCUGCUUCGAUCCAAGAAAGGCGAGAUUGAAAUCGUCGAGAAGAACACGAAGAUCACAAAUGAGGAUCCGUACAGCAAAUAUGCUUUGGUAUCAAAGCAGUCGUUCGAUGAGCAACACAAGCAUACAGGAACGACUCUGGAAAUUAACUCUCCUCAGCUUCUGGCCAUGUUGAAGGAUGUCGUUCGCUAUUACCCAGGUGAUGCCCUGGAUUUCAGUACGAAGUUCACAAUUGAUGACCCUUACAUGAUGUUGGUCCACCAUAGAAAACAGAUACAAGAAUAUCGUGAGGCCUCAGAUGAUGCAACGACCAAAAUGCACAUUGCGCUCCUUUUAGAGCAUCUUGACGCCGAAGCCGGUGCAAAAGGUGUAGAAAUCACCGAAAUGGUCAAAGCCGGAUUAAUCACAUUUCCUCUGCUCUGGAUGAUUUUCAAACCAGGAGACCUGAUCUACCAGCACAGUAAUGGCCACACUCGGCUGUUUCAAUUGCGCAGACAUGGCUACGGAGAGAGUUCAAGUGGCGGCAAGUAUUUCGAUAUCAGCUGUUCUUUCGUAUCCUUCGAUGGUUUCAAAGCAGGUAUUGCAUCGGAGAGAUUGAGAAUCUGGGAUAGACAAGAGUUUUUUGGCUUGUUCUCCGCAAACAUCCAGUCACUCACUGUGUUUCCGUUGAAAUUCCUCGACACUGAAAGUAGACUCAGCCUUGAAACCAAGUUGGCAGAAAGAGGAGAGCGAUACUUGGGUAUCACGGAUAUGUGUGUCAAGCAGUACCACGGACUAUUUCUUUACCUCAAGCGCCCACCUUGGGAUUACUACAAUGAGCGAGCUGACUACGACGGCACGUUCUUGCCUGAGACCAUGAGCGGACGUGUUGUCAUUGAUCCUCGAACAUUCAACGAGGAGGCGAGAGCUAGGAAGGAGUCAAUCGCAGCAGAUGAGAGCGACAAUGAAGGAGAUGAUGAUGACAAGGAUAAAAAGCCUGAAAUCAUGGGGAAGGAGCCAGAACACCACACCGACAGCUUAGAUCCUAGACUCUGCCCGCCUUACGUCUAUGGAUACUCACUAGAGAAGAAAGAAUGGUGCAAGUUCUUCAUCAACUCAAUGACUGAGGUUGGAUGGAAGAAAGACGCCAUGGAAUCACUCAUUCUCCCAGAUCCUCAGAAGCGAUUGCUGAAGGGUCUGAUUUCUGGUCACGAAUACCCAGAACGUGCUCGUGACGAGACCAAGUUGAAGGGCAAGGGCCUUGUGGUCUUGCUACAUGGUGCCCCAGGAUCUGGAAAGACCCUGACAGCUGAAAUGACUGCAGAGCACACUCGCCGACCACUGCUUAAUAUUUCGACAGGAGAGCUUGGAAGCUACCAGCAUAGAAUCGAGAUUGAACUGAAACGCUUGUUGACCUAUGCGUCAACCUUCCAAGCAAUUGUCCUGAUCGAUGAAGCUGAUGUCUUCCUUGAGGCUCGCAAAAGCGGUCCCUCAGAUCAACUUGAGCAAAACGCCAUGGUUGCUGUUUUCCUGCGCCAACUAGAAUAUUUCCAAGGCAUCAUCUUCCUAACAUCCAACCGCGUCUCCGUCUUCGACCAAGCCAUCAAAUCCCGCAUCCACCUCGCCCUACAAUACACGAGCCCAGGUAAAGAAGUCCGACGCAUGCUCUGGGAGAAACAUCUUGCACAAGUGCCAGCCGACGAGAUCGACUUGACCCUUGCCGAAGCCCUCACAACUGUCGAGGACACCGAGAUGAAUGGAAGAGAGAUCUCCAAUGCGAUCACGACUGCGAAGACUUUGGCUAGAAGCGAGGGGUCGAAGCUCAAGUUGGAGUAUUUGCAGACUAUUGUGCAAGUUUGGAAUGAGUUUGAGAUUAGUUUGUUGAAGUUGCAGAAGGUGGAUAUGUUAGAGACAUGAGAGCUUUAGAACCUGUAGAAAGAUAGAGAUACGACCAUAAUAAAUGACUCGAAAUCUAGAGA